AUGUCCGGGGCUCUUGGUCGUCGUGCGUUUUCGUGCGGUCGUUGCUGUCAGGCUGCGUUUGUUUUUGGUGCUUGUGUGCAGGCAGGAUCUACUCUUCUGAAGAACUUUGGCGACGAGCUUCCCGAUCUUGACGAACGCUUCUUGAAUGGACGCAUCAACAACAAAGAAGAUCGUCCGUUCUUGGAGAGGGAGACAGCUGUGGACAAGGUUUUAGCUGAGCUGAACUACACGACCGGGUCACAAGGGUUGAAUAAGCCUAGGCUCGUUGCUCUUUGGAGCCCUAGGGGCACGGGCAAGACAUCGCUAGUUCGACAACUCGCACAAAGCAAGCAGUAUGCUGACAGCCGCAGAUAUGGACGGCUGCUGGUGUUCGAUGCACUGUUUCUACAGCAAUACUUGAGCACGGAUGCUGACAUGCUGGUGUCGGCCAUCAUCAUUUGGCAUCUUCUGCAGUUCUUCCACGACUACACUGUGGAAUUUGCGCCGGGGCAAAACGUCGUUUUUGAGCGCAGGGACUUUGGUCCUGUGUUGCAGCUUCUGAAACAGAGCCACUCGACUCCAACCCCAUCAGGUGACAGUGUUCUGUCGUGGAUUGCGUCCUGCUGUAAAAGCAGGGACGAUGUGCUUGACCAGUGGCUCUCAAUUACCGAACAAGCAUUAGCGGCGCCAAAAGACUGCCCUCGUCUUUUAUUCUUGGAUCAGGCAGAACUCCUUGCGAGCGCAAGCAGGGGGCAGAGCCACAUGCGAGGAACCAAGUCAAGCCUUACGGACAUUUGUUCAAGGCUUCCCCAGCAGAUGGCCUGCUUCUGUACAGGCACACUGAACUUGAUAAAGGGUCGCCCGGAUAUCGAGUACACAAAGCUUGUCGUCUGUGAAUUAGCAGCACUUGCACCACUGUCUCGAGACGCUGCUGUCUUGGCCAUGAAGCAAUGGAACGGGACUCAGUAUGACGAGAAUGUGUUCAACCAGAUUGUGUUUUUCUCGGGUGGAGUUCCUCGACUGUUGCGGCAUGCUUUCGAGACGAGCGGAAUCUUCAAGUCAAAGGCAGCUACUGCGUUUAAUGCCAUGUCGAAGUGCUUCAAGGGUCGUAUGGGUCUGCCGGACCUUGUUUUUCUCACCCAGCAGUUGCUUUAUCACUGGUUCUUUGCUCGGCCGUUCGGAGCGGCAUUUCCAGCGAACAACUCUGUACAGGUUCCACGGGUUUGGUGGUGUUUUGACCAAGCGGUCCGCCAGCAGCUUCAAGGUGAGUUGAAGGCCUUGAACAUUCGUCUGGAUCGUCUCCUGCCAGACUCAUUGCAGCUGGUUGCGUCAAACAAUCGGGGGAACGUUGCGAGGGGAAAGCCGUGGGAAGAGCUGGUUGCACAUUCCCUAGCGGCACGGUUCCACCUUUAUUGCAUGCAACGCAACUGGACCGCCAACAACACCUGGGCUCCCUUCCUGGAGAUCUAUCCGACAGACAACGCACAUUUGAAAAUGGUCUUGGAACCAUUUGAGGUUUGCUGGAAGGAUGGGGUAUCGUACCCACAGAGUGAAGCCAGUGUAUCAGACACUGCUGGACAUGCUAUUAUGUGCAAUGUUCCGUUUCGGAAUGCUCACCAUGACUUGUUGAUUCCCGUGAAGCGGGUGAAGUGUGGCACGUGUGAGUACAUUGCAGCCCAGUGUCGGUAUGGAGCCAAGAAAACUGCAAAGGACCUGAACAAGACAAGCCAAGACAAGGCUAGAAAGCCGAAGAAGAACGAAGCCCGAGAUACCCUUCCGGACAUGCCAAACGUGCUUCUCCAAAUAUGUCCCGAGAAAGAUGGUGCUCAGCCGUUUAAGGCAGGUACUUCGUGGGCAAAACGCCAGCGCGAACGCAGGUACAGUCUCAUGAGUUGCAAAAGCAUCAUCGCGCAACUGGAUGUGCUGCGCCUUCUGUGA